UUCCUAGCCCGUCAACCAACCGAGCCAUCUAAUCCCGCUGCACCCGGCGUCCCGAUGAAGGUGAGGGAGGAGGCGUCACGUCGCUCCCUGUCGCACCUGUAGCCCCCCCUUGUUGUCAACGCACACCUCCCACGCCCCCCUCCCCCCUCGCGGCCCCCCGAGAGGAGGAGGACCGACACCCGGACGGCGACAAGGUCAGUGUGACUAACAGCGCGCGGAGCUAGCCGCGGCUAACCGCGUUUACCGUCAGCGCGUUAAAACAACCUGUCGCGUCCGCAGCGCCGCGUGCGCCCGGUGCAGUUGUCAAGGAUGAAGGCGCUCCCGGUGCUGUCCCUGCUCCUCUGCGUGUGCUCCGUGUUCUUCGUGGGCAUCUACCUGUUCGUGGGCGGCUUCCUGCUCGUGCGGCUGGAGGUGAACAGGACGAGCACCUGCGGGGACGUGCUGCAGCCCGGCGGCGGGGAGCCGUCGGCGGCGGCGGCGGCCGACUUCUGCCGCGCGCGGCCGCGCUUCCGCAGGGCUGUGCUCCUCGUCGUCGACGCCCUGCGGAUCGACUUCGCCCGCUUCGACGCGCGCAACGCGGCGCCGCGACCGCACGAGAACAAGCUGCCCGUGCUGCAGGAGGCGGCCGCGGCCCGGCCGGCCCACGGCCGCCUGUUCCCCUUCCGCGCCGACCCGCCCACCACCACCAUGCAGCGGAUCAAGGGCUUCACCACCGGCUCCCUGCCCACGUUCGUGGACGUGGGCAACAACUUCGCGUCCAGCGCCAUCCUGGAGGACAACCUCAUCCACCAGUUCGGGCAAGCGGGCAAACGCGUGGUGUUCAUGGGCGACGACACCUGGGAGAGUCUGUUUCCCAAGAAGUUCCACCGCUCUCUGCCCUUCCCGUCUUUCAACGUCAAGGAUCUGCACACGGUGGACAACGGCAUCCUCCAGCACCUCUACACCACCAUGAUGGGCGGUGACUGGGACGUCCUGGUCGCUCAUUUCCUCGGAGUGGAUCACUGCGGUCACAGGUUCGGUCCCGACCACCCGGCCAUGGCGGACAAGCUCACCCAGAUGGACGGAGUCAUCAGGGCCGUGAUUGACCGUCUGCAGAACGACACCCUCCUGGUGGUGAUGGGAGAUCACGGGAUGACAGACACCGGAGAUCACGGCGGAGAGAGUCAUAAGGAGACCGACGCCGCCCUCUUCCUCUACAGUCCCGCCCCACUGUUUCCCGGACCCCCGUCACAGAGUGAACCAGAUGUGGUGCCCCAGACCGACCUGGUGCCCAGUCUGGCUCUGUUGCUCGGAGUUCCCAUCCCAUACAGCAGCGUGGGGCAAGUUCUCCUGCCCUUGUUCCCUCCCCACGGGCAGACGGAUGGUGCAGUGGGAGGUCUCAGCCAGCUGGAGGCGCUGUGGAUCAACGCAAAACAGGUAAACCGUUUCCUGGAGACGUACUCUGGCAUGGCCAAAGACAUUCCGCCAGAGAACCUCUCACAGCUGAAGGAUGAAUUCUCCCGCCUCUCCUCCGAGUACCUCGCCACGGUCGGAGAGGGUCGGCCGCCCUCCCCGGAGCUGGCCGCCUCGCUGCAGGCCUACCUCACCUCCGUCAGGGACACCUGCAGGGCCACCUGGGCUCGCUUCAACCCGCUCAAGAUGGCGGCGGGCUUAGUCAUCCUGGCAUUCGCCUGCCUGACGUGUUUCAUCCUGUCCGAGCUGUCUCUGACGCUGAUCAGGGAGGACGGCCGCGGACUGAAGGGCCCAGUGGUUACGGCUCUGGCCGCAGCGGUGUGUGUGGCCGCGGGUCAGCUGCUCACGCAGGGCUACGUCGAGGUGGCGUGGUGCCUGGCGGCUGCUGCCCUCAGCUCCGAACUCUUAUUCCUCUGGACGGCUUAUCGAUCCAGAGUCACUGCGGUGUCAAAGAAUGGAUCCAAAGCUCUGAAGUUUGCUAGCUGGCUGACUCCCCGUCAGCUCCUCACCCCCCCGCUCUUGGUUCCGCUCCUCCGCUGUGCCUCCCUGCUCUCGGACAGCUAUGUGAUCGCCGAGGGCCGGGUGGUGACCUUCCUCUUGUUCUCUCUGGCGCUCUACAUUCCCUUCCAUCUCAACUGGGACGGCCUACUUCUGCCUCCCAGCCACGACCCUCUGAAGUCCGCCGGGCUGCUGCCCUCCCCGCACCUGUCUCCGUCGACCGUGAGGAAAGAGAGCGGCACCCUCCUGGGCUGUGUGGGACUCCUCAUCGGCAGCCUCUACCUCUCCCUGUCCUUUCACGGCUGUCGGGAGGAGCAGGGCGCCUGCCAGCCUUCGCCGUUCCUCUCGCCUCUCUCGCGGUUGCAGGACAGCCAGCUGAAGAACCUCCACUACGUGCUCUCCGUCUUCUCCCUGGGCGUGUGGACAUAUCUGCUGCGACGCUGCCUCCGCCACUACGGUAACCUCAACUCCUCCGGCGGGGCGGUGUUUGUGGCCCGCUGGAUCUUGCCGCUGCUGUCCGUGUGCCUGGGGCUCCACUGGGCCGUUAGUGCCACGCCAGAGGACAGCUUCAGGAAUCUGGCCGAGCUGAUCAGCCUGGCCCAGCUGUCUCUCCCCAGGGCCGCCUUCUGUCUCUUGGGGCUGGGGCUGUUCCUCAUCUGGCUCGACCCCCUCACCGUGUUCAUAAAAACCAGGGCCGCGGCUUCGGCCAGGAAUUCCGCGCUGCCCCCGCCCCGCUAUCGGGCCAGCACCGGCAUCAGCCCCCAGGCCGAGCUGCACCACCUCAUCCCCCAGAUCUACCAGCGCAUGCGCCGUUCCCUGGACGACGGCGGCAGCAGCGGGGAGCUGAGCGGGGCCGGCGAGGUGGACAGCAGGCCUGCCGUGGAGGCCUACGGUCUGGGAACCGUGUACUCUGCCCCGCUGCUGCUCUUCUGCGGCCUGCUGGGAAUCGGCCUGCUGCUGCUGCACCCGGAGGGCAUGGCCCUGUCCUUCCUCCUGCUGCUGCUGGAGAUGGGGGCUCUGCUUCACAUCCACGCCUCCUCCACCACCCUCAAAGGCCUACAUGGAACAUACUCUGGUGGCUUCAAAGUGCCCUGGGCUCCUAUAGUGAUGUGGGCUUUGGCCGCCACCCAGUUCUUCCACGCCACGGGUCACCUCCCCACCUUCCCCUCCAUCCAGUGGGGUGCUGCCUUCGUGGGGUUCCCAGACGGACACACUGGCACAAUACUGCCCGCCUCACUCGUCACCCUCAACACCUUCGCCUCACACAUCUUGUUUGCAGUGGCUUGUCCACUGCUGCUGCUCUGGCCCCUGGUGUGCGAGGUGCGUGGCAGCAGAGGAGGAGGAGGAAGAGCAGCGUGUGGCGAUGAAGGGGAGGACGCUGUGAUGGAGAUGAGGCUGAGAGAAAACCCGCAGCUGUUCAGCUCCGCUCUGCUGCAACUGUCAACGCGCUACCUCUUCAUUCACGGAGCACAGGUCUUCGCCUCAGUCAGUGCGGCCGCCAUCCUCAGGAGACACCUAAUGGUGUGGAAGGUGUUCGCACCCAAGUUAAUGUUUGAGGCCUCCGGGUUCCUGGUGAGCAGCGUGUCUCUGCUGAUCGGGGUCACACUGGUGUUGCGGGUGGACGUCGCCGUGGGACGCUGGUUCAAGAGAAUUAUCCCCGAUGUAGCCAGGUAGCGACGGCUAUACACGGAAACAUUGCCAUUGGUGUCUAACAUACUGAUUCCCCCGCCUCUUACUGUACAGUAACUCUACAUUGAGGGCUACAGUACGUUGUGCAUCACUGACACUGAGGCCCCGCCUCCUCUCUCAGCCAGAGGGACUGAAGGGGUUAUCUCGUCUUGGACCGACCAAACUCUGAUGAACUUUUAUACUGUGUUUUCUUGGACAAACCCCGUAAAACCACCUCACUAAGGUUGACGGGGAUUUAAAGGCCUUUUGAAGGUCCAGAGUUGUUUUUAUGAUUAUGCCAAGAACUGUAGUUUCUGAAUGUUUAUCUCAAAAAGUCCUGUUGUUUUAACUCAUGCUCUCCAAAGAGCCAGAAAGUCUAAGCAAGUGGUUCAUAAAAGCCUCACUAAACUACAAACGGUUUACACUAUCUUACACACCUUGUCGCAGCUGGAUAAGAACCUCCAGUAUUUCAAAAUUGGCCUUUUUUUUCACACCUCAUAACUGAGGCUGAUGUCACACUUAUGUGCAACAGAGUGACCAAAGUGACAAGUUUUACUGUGAUGAAAAAAGCAGCCAAUGAAGCAAGACUUUUCCAUUUAGGGAAAAUUGACAAUUAAAUUUCAUCUUCAGCCAUUUGGAUGAUUUCUUAUUUUUUCCCCCACAGUGAUGUGCAACUAAUGAGCAGGUGAAUGUUAAACGACUCAUUGCAGAAACGGAACCACAACGUCUGGAGCUACUUUAUUAUCAAUUCGCAAGCAGGUCAAAUCCAUCUGGCAAAAAUCCAUCCAAGUGCAUUAUAGCAUGUCAUCUAAAGGGGCAGUAAGCGAUUUUUCUGUCUUUCUUUUGUAUAUUUCUGUGCACACACAAAAGUGACAGCUAACGGACGGUGAAGAAAUAUUUUUUACAAAACGUGUAUUGCUGUAGUAUCGCUUACUGCCCCUUUAAGUGUCUGCUGGAGGAAGUGUACUUGAUUUUUUUAAUGUUUUGUAUUUUCAAGAUGUUAAAACACCCAGUGCAUUUGAUUACUGCCAAUUCAUACAGUAUAACAGUUUUUUAAAUUCAUUUUUCUGAUUCCUAAUACUUAACGCCUAUUUUUUUAAUCAAGAUUGUUUUAAUCACUUCUGAUACAUUUUCUAAUCUCAAAUGAAACUUUUCUCUUAAUAUGGCCUCGCACACCUUGACCCUGGAACAGGUGCCUCGCUUUAACAAAUGCCUUUUUUUUUCAUUUUUUCUCCCUCUUUUUAUUUCCUUUUUUUCGUACAUGAUGUCAUUCCUCCCACCCAGGACCUGGGUCAGUUAAUUUAUUUCCGUGGGGACGUCCGAGUCGGUCUCCGGCGGUGAGAUCUGUUACUGUUCCGCAGCUGCAGUCAGCAGCUACGGUUCAUUAGCCUAAUGCACAAUAUCGAAGGGAUGUUGCGCUCAGGUCGAAUUAGCUCUAAUGCAAUAGCACUGCAUUCCUCAGGCCGUUAUACGGGAGCGAUUGGUCACUCAGAGCCGCUGCUGUAGUGAGGUCGGCUCGAGUGAUGGUUUGGCUCGGUUGUGUGUGAUGACGGGGAACUUAAUUAUUUUUCUGUUUCUUCUGUUUUUAGAAUGUUUAAUAUAUAAAUAACUGAUUGAUAAAAAAUCAUUUUACAUUCUGUGGAGAAGAAAAAUGUAAUAAAACUUUUGUACAUGA